AGAUGUAAAAACCCGAGAGGUUCACACUGCCACUGCCGCACGUGUCCCCAAGGAGACAGAAGAGGGGAAGCCAGCAAGAUGGAGCAAAAUGAGUCCCAAGUGAGCGCAGCUCAGCCUAGGUUUUACAUGGUCACAUCAGAACCAUCCUAGCUUGCUUUGUAAUUCCUGAAACUAUUAGAUUUUGGGUAGAUGAAGAGGAUUUCUGGAUAAGAAAAAACACACAUGUUCAGAGAGGAACGAGGCUAGAGACACGGAAGAGACAGCACUGAGCAGACCCUGCAGACUCGUCCCGAGCACCACGGCGCAGCGCUCCACCCUCCCGCACCCCGCUGCGGGCCAAGUCCCGCCGCGGACACCCGGCUGGGAGCCGCUGCGGCGGAGGCGGCGACGGCACGGGCCGGGCAGCGACACAAGGCGGCGGUGACGCGACGGGCGGCGACACCAGGGGACAGCACCCCGGCCGCCACCGCGACACCAGAGAACAGCACCCCGGCCGCCACCGCGACACCAGGGGACAGCACCCCGGCCGCCACCGCGACACCAGAGAACAGCACCCCUGCCGCCACCGCGACACAAGGGGACAGCACCCCUGCCGCCACCGCGACACCAGGGGAGAGCACCCCGGCCGCCACCGCGACACCAGGGGAGAGCACCCCGGCCGCCACCGCGACACCAGGGAACAGCACCCCGGCCGCCACCGCGCCGCGGGGACCGCGCGGAGCGCCCGGAAGUGACGGGGUGGAGCCGCGGGAUUCAAAUUCCCGGAAGCGGCGCUGGGCCGGGGCCGCGCGGAGCCGCCGCCGGGCCGUGUCCCCGCACCGCGCCGUGACCCCGCGGCCCCUCUGAGCCCCGCGGGAUCCGGAAGGGCCCGCGCAGCCUGCGCGAGACCCCAGCUGUCGGAAGCCUUGUCCCACCCGUUAGAAGGGAUCGCUGUUCCGUAGAGCCUCGUUUGGUUUCUACUGGCGCCUAAAGAUGAACGCCAAGACCGCCAUAGAUCGAAUUAUUGGCAAGGGGGGACUAAAGUCGGGCAACUCCAGAGCUGACAGUGGGCUCGAGAAGGGUAAGCAGGAGGGUGCUGCCCCGAGGAAAUCCAUGGAGGAAGUUUCCACAGGAAGAGGCAAAAUGACGGACCCGGAGAGGAGCGGGCUCCUUCAGAAAAUACUUUCUCUUGAAAAAGAAAAAGAAAAAUACAACCAUCUUCUUGGAGAGAAGGACAGAGAAAUCCAAAACCUGAAAGACAAGCUGAAGUCCAAAACCAAGAAUAGUAAAGUCUCCUUACUACAAAAUCAACUAGAGGAAAAAACAAAGGAAGCAGAAAGGAGAGAACAGUUACUUUGUUCUCUAUCAGAAGAAAUUAACCGGUUAAAAUGUAAUUUAUCUGCAGUCAUGGCAAAAUGCUCUGAUCUUGAGAACAAAGCCAGUAGUACUUCUCAGGCAUCCCAGGAAGCUGCAACAAACAGCACUGAAGUUGAAAGACAAUUGAAAGAUGCUCUUGAGAAAAACCAACAGUGGCUACUGUAUGACCAGCAACGGGAAGCAUAUGUCAGGGGAUUGCUUGGAAGGAUCUUUGAACUUGAACAGAAGGCAGAAAUAGUUAGCCAACAAGAAUCUAAAUCAAAUUCAGAAGGUCAUCUACAGGAGGAAAAGCAAGAAUACUAUGACCAGCUGUUAGUAACUGGUAAGCGCGAUCCUGAGACUGAAAGACGCACUAUAACCCAGCUGAGAUCUGAAUUAAACGACCUCAAAAAGACAUAUGAAGAAACACAAGGGGAAAUGAUGAGUUUAAAUGCCUUAUUGCAGUCACAACGGGUUGCUGAAAUGAAGACUCAAGAAAAUGAAAAUAAAAUGAAAGAGAAAGCGCAAAGACUAAAACAAGAAAAUGAAACUAUCAAAGAACAGCUCAGAGAAGAAAAAGAAAAGUCUGAAGAUCUUUUAUGUCAGGUGCAACUUCUUCGUAAAUCAUUGUUCAAACAGGAGGCAGAACACACAAGAAUAGCUUUGCUGGAACAACAGAUCCAGAUAUGCACCACAGACUUAGAGAAUGGAAAGCUUGAUCGCCAGAACUUGAAGCAUCAGUUAAACCAAGUUCUCAAGGAGCUGCACAAGGCCAAGGAGAAAAUAACCUAUCUGGAACCUCUGAAACUCCGGGAAUCUGGAUGCAUGGAACCACAAGAAGAUUUGCAAGCUGUAUUUGACAAGAAGCUGACCACAUAUGACAGAAGUCCUCCCCUGAAACAUUCCAGCUGCCUUAAUGAAAGUUUUCUCGAGUGUCCCAGAUGUAAAGUGGCAUAUCCAACAAGCCAGCAUAGAGAAUUACUAGCACACAUUGACAUCUGUACAGCUUGAGCUCCAAAUGGACUUACUAUCUUUGCUUCAUAUAUGCUGCCAAUAUGCUUGGCAAAAGAUCUUUUAAAGCUUUUUUCUUACAGUUCUAUAAAGGACUGCUAAUUUUAUAAUUCAGUUCCACAAAAACAGUAUUAACAUUGUAAUUUGACCUCAGUAUUUUACCUCAUGUUUUUGCAAAACAGCUACUGCAUUUUCUGGUUGCAAACAGAAAUAUUUUUAGAAUUAGGAAUAUUUAAAAUAGUAAACUACUGACUUUUUUUUUUCUUUUUGCACUAUUAAAUGUAAGAAUAGUAAAAGCACAACUAUUGGGUCAGACUAUAUUUUAGUUUUGGCAUACCCAGUUCUUGGUUGUAGAAUCCUGAUGAUUGUGCUUGUACCUUAACUGACAAGAAUAGCUGCAAAAGACUUUUGGCCCUUGUAGGUGCACUAUAUAUAUAUUUAUUUAUACAUGGUAUGUGUAUAAAUGUGUAGUGUGUAUAUACAUAUAUGUGUUAUAUAUCAAAUAUAUGUGGAAUAGAUCAACAUCUUGAGACACAAAAACUCAGGAGGGCCAUGUUGGAUCUUUGCUGCUUAAGAUUAAUGUUGAAAACAUCAAUCUUAAAUAGCUGACUGUCGUGAGCCACAGUUAGGGGUGACUAAAAUGCUGACCAAGGUUUAAUCUAAGAGAAGCCAACUUCCUAGCAAACACAAACUUCCUUGGUGCCGAAGAAAGUUUAUAUUUCAGACAAUGUCAGAUGCCAUUUUUGAAGUUUGGAUAUAGAAUUACACUGAAUUAAAACUUGUUUUGCUUCUGUAUUUUAGAGGUUAAAGUUGGAAAUGUCGGUUAUUCAACCUUAGAUUUGACAAAUGGCCCAAAGUGAAGUUUUUAACAAACUGCUCUAGUGGAUUUGAAGUGUCACUGUAUUUUGGUAUUAAUACAAAACACAAGUUAGUGAUGAAUUCUGGCAACAAAUUAGAAGCUGGCAAAAAAAAUCCCUAAUGGGUUUGCAAUUGCUGUGUUAUUUUUCUCUAGCACCUACUGUAAACUUGAAUGUGUUGCGAGCAUUUUGUUCCUUUCAUGUGUGGUGAAGUCCCAACAAGAAGUUAUUUCUGUGGAAAUUAUUAAAAUGAAGAAAUUUUACAAAGAUACACUAGUUAAGAAUAAAUUUACUUAUUUUACAAGUUAUGGUUUGCUGAGGACACACAAAUACCCAAGUAUCUUUCUCUGGCCUGCUGAUUCUGACAGCUAGCUGGUAUCAGCCUUUUCUGUUGUGCUUUGCUGCAGAACUGUGUGCAUUUACCCCGUGAUGUUCACCUUAAUCCCUGAUGGUUAAAACUUAGAUAUGAAGGUGCUUUCCAAGUUAUUUUUAAUCACUUAUAUUAUCAAGAGAUGUUAUUCUCAAUUAAAUCCAGUGUUCAUGAGACAGAAAAUAUUAAAAGCUAUUAUCUUUAUACCUGAAAUAUCUCAGCCAGAUUUACUGUAUUAGCCACUGUCCACUUUUCAAUUCCACUGACUGUCUCAGGCUAAUCUUUGUAUUUGACAAUUUGCUCAACUGCUAGCAACAGGUUUUCUGACCAAAGAUAUGAUAAACUAAUGAGUAAAAGAGAAAUUAUGCUUCAGAAUCUCAAGGUUUUGCCAUGAGGGAAAUAGUCUUAAUUUCAUAUCUUUUAAAAAAUAUUUUAAUUCAGGAUAAUACCUAUGCUUUUCAUUGUAGCCUAAUAAUUUUAAUCUCUAAUUAAACUACUUUUGAAAGUUUGUUAGUUUGUCUUUUAACAACACCUUAAUCAGCUAGUAUUCUAUUCUCAGCUGCAUACUCAGCAUAGUUUCUGCAAAAGGAAAUCCUGAUCUUUUAUGUAUUAUAAAUGAAAUAGGUUUGCCUACUACAGGUCAGCACUCUUCAGUAGUUCUGAGGCUUUCUUAAAUUAGCAUGAAACACUUCCACAUUAGAAGCUGGUAGAGGGAGACUUGGAAAGUUGUGAUAACCUUUAAAAAGUCUUGUUCAUUCCAUCUUUCCUGAACUUUAACAAUGGAUUUAGUCCUACCUGAUAAAUAUUACACCUAAGUACAAAAACCCUCUUGCUGAUAAAUUUAUACAGGUCAUUAAUGUGGUACAUGUUUAAAAAUAUCAAAAUGACAUUCUAGUGAAGUAAAACACUUACUUUGAAAGCAGACCCACAAAUACUAUUGUCAUCACUUAUAUGUAAUUAAAACCAACUAUAAAACUCCAACUUUAUAACGUA